UUUAUUAGCCUGAGGUAGUAAGACAUUGUACCUCUUCUCCGCCGCGACAAGGGUAUGGAUACGCCGUUAUAACUAGGUUAUAUAUAUUUUGAUAGAUCACAUGAAACUACCACACAUUCUCUGCAACGUGCAACUCAUACAACAUACAACUGUAUCAGAAUGCUGAAGGAAGCUGUAGUGUUGCUGUUGACAGCAUUGUUUACCUGCUGUCUUGCCACGACUGAGCAUCUAUUGCAGGAGGGAGCAUCGCACUUGGGACUGCAAGAGCCGCAAGGUUUCGCCGUACAGACCGGAUAUGAAGGAUUCCUGGUGCCAACUGAGCAAACCUCACCCAAUCUUCUGCAUGCUCUUCCUCUAGCGGGUAUCGCUCCUGUGCUAGGGUUCAAGGCUAUUGCUAAGGCUGGUUUGUGGUUUUUUGGACUGGUGAUGAUCAUACUGACAGGAGCGGGUCUAGCGUCUGCCGUUUGUGCAUUCACUCCUCUCUGCACUCUCGGUUUGGCGUUUGGCAGACAAAACUCCGACAAACUGCAAAUUCUCACCACAUUCGUUCACAAUGCGCUUGACAAGUAUAAGCGCCUCCAGAAGAAUUAAGAAAUCUCCAAAGUCAUCAGACAAGUUUCUUGAACUCACGCACCAUGCAACUCUGUUCUUAAAAGAUUUUAUUUGGAAAAAUAUGUACACAAAUUGAUAUGUGUCAUAUAGUGAGCCUUAAUUUUCAUGUGAUAUUUGAUGUUUGGCUUGAGGCCGGCCCAAGACUUGACUUAACAAAUAUUGUAUGACCCUGCCAACCAUAUUUAUGUUUUAUUACUCAAUAGUUUUUGAAUGCAUCCACUACAAUAGUACUCUUUGUUUUUGAAAACACGAGCCAUUGAGUUUACACGACCCAUUUUAAAUUAUUAUAACGAUUGUUUCAAGAUGAAUAGUAGGGUUUCAAACACAAUAUUUAUUUCAUCAAACUAACAGUCACAAGUGAAUAUCAAAUAGAUGAGAAACUAAAAUGCUCGGAAUGUAUCCGCCGAAAUCAGCUAGAAAGCGCUCAAGAUUGUGACUAAAGAACAGAAAGUGUUCAGUGUUUUAAAGUUUACAAAGACCAAUGAUGUGCACUAAUGAUGCCCUACUGAUGUGAACUGAUGCCAACAAACAAAAAUGUUUGAUUUUCUCUUUAAUUUGAUUUAUAAAUUCAUUUCAUUUGGACGUUAUACAUAAAUUAUAACGUGUAAGAACCCCGCUAUUCAUCUUGAAAUCCCCUGUAUUCAUUAUUUAUCUAUAUUUAUUCAUUCAAUAGGCAAAUACUUUUUCAUAUUAUUGGACCAUCUCUCUGUGGGGAAACGAUAAGAAUCAAUGAUUUACUACCACUCAUAUAUCUUUUAUAAUGUGCUAUAUAGGCUACUAUUAUCCCCACAAACGAGUGCAUUCGUGGAGUGCCGGACUUACGAAUGAAAUAAUGUAGGUUCGAGUCCCAUCAGAAUAAUUUUCUUUUUGCCGAAAGUUUUCAACUUCAAUAAAGAUUAUCCUCGUAAUUUCAACAAAA